GUGCAAAGUUCAAAGUCCCACAGAAGCACUACAAAAUCACUUCCAGACUCCAAAGAUAAAAAGCAAGGAUUCAGAAAGAAAAAGGAGAGCAAAAGAAUCAGCAACAUAAAAAAGGAAUUUGGCAGAAACCAGUCUUCUUCUCCACUGCAGACAUCACAUCCAAAGAGUAGGAGAAAGACUCGAGAGAAGGAGAAGAAAGAAGAGAAGGAAAAGAUGUGUAGGUGUUGUAGGUUCACAGCAUGCUUGUUCUGCAUUGGUCUUCUGGUAUCGCUAGCCAGAUAUGGUGGAGGAACAAGAGUUACACCACCAAUGGCCGCUCCAACUGUGCAUUCAUCAACAGCUACGUCAAUAGCUCACAUGAGUUGGAAUCCUUUCUGCAACAGCAAGAGAAGUGUACCUCAUGGUCCCGAUCCCAUUCACAACAGGAGAGCUGGGAAGUCAGGAAGACCUCAGGGAAGAGCUUGACCGAGGGAUGCGAUGCGACCCUCAUCUUGGAUGCAUCCAACAACAAACGGGCCAUCUUUGAUCACUCCCAAGCUUUUCUCAAAGUGCUGUCCUUUGUGAGUUGAGAAAGAUGGAGAAAGCUUUGCAGUUGAAUGACUUGGAAGGACAGGUGAUGGAAGGGAAAAGGAUCAUAAAAUUUCCUAGAGAUCAGCAGAAAUCACAUUGCAUGUAAAAGAUGUAUCCAACAAAGACAUCAUCCCUUGUGACAGUGUGGUCUCUUGUUCUU